AGAGGGGGAGCAGAUGAAGUACAUCUCAUCAUUUCUUUUUCCACUCCAGUCACGCGUGUACGUGGCUCAUGAUGUGAGGGUUUUUUGAGUGGGACAUGGAUGACCUAGGGGGCUCCUGGUCGUCUCUGCAGGCGGCAGCACCGGCCAACGCGAGCCGGACGGAGGGCGCGGGGCUCGGUCUGUCCGGGCAGGCCCAGCUGGUCCUGGAGAUCCUCAUGGUGCUGAUGUGUUUGGGCGCUGUGACAGGUAAUAUUCUUGUCAUUGUUAUUGUGGCUGCCAACAAGACUUUCCACUCGGUGACGUCAGUGCUGAUCAUGAACCUGGCCGUCAGUGACCUCCUGGUGGGCGUUGGAGUGAUGCCCUUUGUUGCUUUAUCCAUCAUGAACCGUGGAUGGGUCGAUUGCACUGACCUCUGUCUGUACGUGGGUUACACCUCCUCUGUGUACUGUACAGCUUCUGUGCUGACAUUAGCUGCUAUUGCUCUCGACCGCUACCACUCCAUCAUUGACUGCCUGCGUUACAGCGCCCGCUGUACCCUGUGGAGGACCUGUGCUGUGGUCCUGUGGAUCUGGCUGCAGGCUCUGGCCACCAGUUGCCCUCCCCUGCUGGGCUGGAGCUCAGUCAGCUAUGUUGGUCCCAUGUACAGCUGUGCAGUCAACUGGGCCAGCAGUCCCAGCUACACAGCGUUCAUGGCUGCCCUCUCCUACCUCAUACCGGCAGUGGUCAUCCUCUUCUGCUACGUGAACAUCGUCAAGGUGGCCCGCAGCCAUGCCAGGAGGAUUCAUACAUUGGAGGACUCUGUCCAGCGCAGCAGGAAUUCAAGCUCUGCCUUCACUCCCGGUGAUUCAUCUCACCAGCACUAUGAGAGCCUCCAUGGCCCCUCGAGACUGAUAUAUCAUGUAAGUGGACAGUUUGUGUCUGAGGUCAGUAGAGAAGAGGGGAGUUAUAUCAGCCCUGCUCUCCCUGAUUCAACCACAGAGCAGAAUAACUCAUCAUCCAGACGUUUUGUCUCCUUCCUGGCUCAGAGUGCCUCCCAGCCACCCAUGCAGAACUCCCAGCAGCACCUCAACCACCAUGGAGUGGUGCGUCUCUUCCUGGUUAUCUCAGCCUUCUUCCUCUGCUGGACACCUUACAUAGGUGUGGCCCUGGUUCAGGCCACAGAAACUGCAAUCUCAGGCCAAUCCAGCCUCGUCCCACCCUCUGCUGUUACCUUUUCAUAUUGGCUGGUGUUGUUGAACUCUGACAUCAAUCCACUACUGUACGCUCUGCUUAGCAAGCGUUUCCAGCACGCUCUACAGGGACUGAGGCAAAAAAUAAGAGCGCGCCUGGGGAGUGUGGUGGGCAGGGGAGGGGAGGUCAGAGCAGGGGGCGACGAUGGCAGGAGCAGCGACCCCUGCACUCUGACCACCACUCAUCCUGGUCCGCCUUCCAGCUCUGAGACUUCAACCUGUGAUGACGCCAAGUGUAACAUUUUUACUGUUAGCACUGACUUCAAACACAAUUCAGAGAAUCUAUGCAAAGUGUGUCACCAUGAAAAUACCUCCCCGUCCUCCUCUGUGUGGCAAGAUGCUGCUGUUGGGGAUAGGAGGGUGGACUGCCUGCAUGUCCCCUCUCGCCCACAAGAGGGCAGCAGACUACCGUUCUCUGCUCUGACCAAGGAGCGCCAGGCCACUUUCUUCUACGGUCAGAUAACAGUGAGAGUAGAGCAUGAUGUUUGUUAACUUUCUGCAGAUGCUGUUGCAGAAACGUUAUCAUCUGUGGUAUUCAGAGAAGGACUACAACUAACAAUUAUGUUGAUUAUCGAAUAAUCUGUUGAUUCCAAUGCCAGAGUUGGCAUAUUCAUUGUAUUUGUUUUGCCAAAUAUAUUUACUUCAUAUAUCAUAGAAGACCUUUUUCCACAAUAGAAAUGACUUAAAUGAUAAAUUGUGUUGUCCAUGUCAUAUGAGAUCAAAAAAAGAUGCAAAUCCUCACAUGUGUGACCACAAAAUGUUUACAUUUUUACUUGAAAUUUGACUAAAACGAUUAAAAGAUUAUCAAAAUAA